AUGGCAAAAUCACUUAUAGGCCAGCUUGUGCCUCUCGUUAUCCUCUUUAUCUUCCUAGGCGCACUCGGUUUCAUCGGCUACCACAUCUACCUUAGUGCGGCGAAGAUCCAAGAGACUGCUACUGAACGAAUGGGCAAGAAAAAUGUCGUGUUCACAAAAGAUGGGGUGCGCGUUGGCGUGAAGGAGAUAGAGAACGAACAAUAUGUGGAUAAAACACAGAGCUGGGUUGUUAAGGCCUGGAACCUCAGCGGCCAAGCGAUCGAGGACAAGAGGUGA